AAGACGAGGAGUGGCAUUUUGGCAAGUAUGAGUCGCACCUUGGCAAAGUGACUAUCACAUUGAGAUCCAGAACCACAGCAGUAAAAUUCUACAAUGCUCUGACCAAUGCAAAACAUGUGUACGAGAUGGAUAUCACAUUAUCCUGGGACUGGACUCGGACAGAUCUUAAAGCGUUAGAGAAAGCUCUAAAAGUGUCGAAUGUAUCGGUUCUUCGACUUCAUCUUGGGCAGCCUCAAGAGAGUGUUAUCUGGAAACUACUUUCAAUGUCUACACGAUAUGAACAGCUUGUUCGUAUUAUAGAACUACGCAAAAUGAAAUCGAUUUGUAUAGUACUAUCUCCAGAUCUGAUCAAGCUUACCAAUCUAUCAAGCAGGAAACCGCCACACCUUCACGAGCUAUCGUUCGAGAUGAAUCCUUCAACGAUCGGGGACAGCGAUUUCCGAGAGCUUGUAAAUGCACUCAAGACCGACAUGCCCUUGACUAGUUUGUACUUGAUGCACAGAUCGAUUGGUAAAGAGAGAGCUCUAGCACUUUCAGAGGGAUUAAAGACAAACACGACUUUGACAAGGUUGUGCUUGUACCACAACAACAUUGGGAAAGAAGGGGUUCUGGCACUCUCAGCGGCACUCAAGGUAAACACGGUUUUGACAAGGUUGAACUUAACCAGAAAUUCAAUUGGAGAUGAAGAAGCUCUGGAACUCUCAGAAGCACUUAAGGCAAACAAGGCAUUGACAAGGUUGGACUUGGGAACCAAUUCAAUUGGGAAUGAAGGAGCUUUGGCUCUUUCAGAGGCACUCAAGACAAACACGACUCUGGCAAGAUUGGACUUGUCGUACAACUAUAUUAGGAAAGAAGGAGCUCUGGUACUUUCAGAGGCACUCAAGGCAAACACGACUUUGACAAGUUUGAUCUUUUGGGGCAACAGAAUUGGGGAUGAAGGAGCCCUGGCACUUUCAGAGGCGCUCAAAAUAAAUAAGACUUUGACAAGUUUGGACUUGCGAUACGACUCGAUUGGGAAAGAAGGAUCGGUGGCGCUCUCAGAGGCACUCAAGGUAAACACGGCUUUGAUAGAUUUGAACCUGGAAGCCAACUCAGUUAAGAAGGAAGAGGCUCUGGCACUGUCAGAGGCACUGAAGGUAAACAAGGCAUUGACAAGCUUGGACUUGAGCAGCAAUAGUAUUGGGGAUGAAGGAGCUUUGGCUCUUUCAGAGGCACUCAAGACAAACACGACUCUGGCAAGAUUGGACUUGUCGUGCAACUAUAUUAGGAAAGAAGGGGCUCUGGCACUUUCAGAGGCACUCAAGGCAAACACGACUUUGACAAGUUUGAUCUUUUGGGGCAACAGAGUUGGGGAUGAAGGAGCCCUGGCACUUUCAGAGGCACUCAAGACAAACGUGACUUUGACAAAUUUGAAUUUGGGAAGUAACUCAAUUGGGAAAGAAGGAGCUCUGGCACUCUCGGAGGCGCUCAAGACAAACACAACUUUGACAAGUUUGAACUUGAGAAGCAACCCAAUUGGACCUGAAGGAGCUCUGGCACUUUCAGAUGUGCUCAAGACAAACAAGGCAUUGGCAAGGCUGGACUUGCGGUACGACUUAAUUGGGAAAUAACGCUGGCAGGGCAAAGCAUGGCACAGCAUGGAUUACAU